AAAAAUUUGUUAGGUCGUGCAUAUGUCCUUUUCCGCUUCAAUCUGACGUUUUCGCUUUUAAGAUUGCUUCAGGUAAUACUAAUUUCUCGAUUGAUUGAGUCUCUGAAGAACAACCAGGUAUAUUAAUCACGCUCUUCUUCUCAUUUGUCCUGCAAAAUCCUGUGUCUACAAUCAAAUAUGAUAACCUUUCACUCUCCAACUACAAUUUCCUACUUAUUAAUUUUGUUUCGAGUUUGAAAUUUUAGAAUAACAGCUUCCCAGUUCUGCUUUGAUGGGCCGUCUUGUGAAUGCACAUGAACUGUUCGACAAGAUGCAAAUGGGUUUUGGCAAUGGAAUUACAGCUGGGGUUACUGUUGAAAUGCCUUUGAGAAACAUGCUUAAUUAUAUUUUGCGAGUCCAUUCCCAAGAGAAAGAAAGUGGGCAAGAAAGAAAGGAUAUAAAGGAGAUGGGCUUCGAAAGAGAAGGCACACGUUGUUCCAUGAUGACACAGACAUGUUGUGGACCAUAGGGAGGGGGGGAUAUGCAAGAGCUGUUUAUGGUGCUAUUUGUGGCACAGAGAUGCACCUAAACUUUCUGCAAAGCCAUUUGUUUUACCUUUCACUUGUUUUGAAGACAUGGAUCGCAAAGGAAGGACAAGGCUUCAGUCUAUGAGAGCAUCUGCGAAUCAUGAAAAAGGAAACGUGGAUAUGCCGGAGGCGAAUUUUCUUGAUGCAGCAAAAGCAUCCACGAGUGGACGGGUUUCAAGCAGACAGAGAAAAGUGGCUUUACAACAAGACGUUGACAAGCUGAAGAAGAAGCUCAGACAUGAAGAAAAUGUGGGUCGAGCUUUGAAGAGAGCUUUCACCAGACCUUUAGGAGCUUUACCACGCCUCCCUCCUUUCCUUCCUCCCAAUAUGCUAGAACUUCUUGCGGAAGUAGCUGUUCUUGAAGAGGAGGUAGUGCGGCUUGAAGAGCAAGUUGUGCUUUUCAGGCAGGAUCUAUAUCAGGAAGCUGUCAACAUUUCGUCCUCCAAGAAGACCAUGGAGCUUUCCCCGAAAAACAAUUCUAAGCAAGCUCAAUCCAAACUUUCAGUUCAGAAAACUGAUAAUGUUGUGGGAAAGGAAAACGAAUCCCGUAUGAAUUCGACGAGUAACAACAAGGGGUCUUCAAUCAAGAAAAUCCAUACGAUAAAGACUCCAGUCAAGAAACCUCCAGUUCGUAACAAAUCAUCAGAGAAACCAAAUUCUCCAAAACUGAAUUUAGAAAACAGAACGGCAAAUCCAGAAAAUGCUGAAGCAAGACAACUCCGUGCUCCAGAUGACAAGGUAUCCGGUGACGAUAGUCCAAACAGUAUAUCUGAAAAUAUUUUGAAAUGCUUAUCAAGCAUUCUAUUGAGAAUGAGCUCAAUCAAGAAUAGAGGUGCUACCGAAAGUUUGCAUCUAUUCUCAAUGGUAACUACAAUGCAAACUGAAGAAACAGAUCUUCCGGACCCGUAUGGUAUAUGUUCAGAAUUUGGAAGGCGAGAUAUUGGUCCAUACAAGAAUGUGCAUACAGUUGAAGCUUGUUCAAUUAAUACAAAGCGGACAACAAACUCAUUGUUUCUUUUUCAAAGAUUGAAACUCCUUCUGGGGAAACUUGCUUCUGUCAACUUGCAACGUCUUACACAUCAGGAGAAACUUGCUUUUUGGAUCAACAUCUACAACUCCUGCAUGAUAAAUGCAUUCCUAGAACAUGGAAUACCAGAAAGUCCCGAGAUGGUUGUUGCCUUGAUGCAAAAGGCAACAAUUAAUGUGAGCGGGCACUUGCUAAAUGCUAUAACUAUUGAGCAUUUCAUCUUGAGGCUGCCUUACCAUUCACAAUAUGCUUUUUCAAAGAGCGCAAAAUAUGAUGAGAAGACAUUUAGAAGUAUUUUUGGCUUGGAGUUAUCAGAACCAUUGGUUACAUUCGCACUAUCAUGUGGAAGCUGGUCUUCCCCUGCUGUGAGAGUAUACACAGCAUCCCAAGUAGAGAACGAGCUAGAAUUAGCAAAGAGAGAGUACUUAGAAGCUGCAGUCGGAAUUUCAUCAGAGAAAUUUGGAAUCCCAAAGCUUUUGGAUUGGUAUUUGCUAGACUUUGCUAAAGACUUGGACUCCUUGGUUGAUUGGGUGUGCCUUCAACUACCAAGUGAAUUAGGAAAAGAAGCAAUUAAGUUGAUGGAGGGGAGAAGAAACCAGCCUCUUUCUCAGUUUGUUAAAGUAAUACCUUAUGAAUUUAGUUUUAGAUACCUUCUCUGCACAUAG